AGAGAAGAAGUCAAAGACCAACAGCAAACCUAAACAAUUUGGGAACAUCGUUUCUCCCAGUGUCUGUGUUAGUGGCCUUUAACCUGGAGUCCCUGAACCCCCUGAGGAGGAAGGCAUGUACAUAUGUGUAUUUCAUUAUGUCCCCAAAGCUGCUAAGAAUCGCUAGCUGGUCUACGUCUUUGUUGUCUUCCUAAAGCUUUUAAAGAAUCCCCAAUACAGUGGUCUCCUAAAUGUUUUUCACAUGGACCAUUGCCCAGACCAGACACGGGUUCACCACGUAACAAGGACCUUAACAUUUUUGCUCCUCAGUUUCCUUGUCUAAAGUAAUGCAGCCAAUAAAUAGUUCUGUGUCUCCUGUGUAAAGCACGUGCUGAGGCUAAAACGAGGAGGUGGAAUCAGGUGGCCUCUCAGAUCCCUUCUGGCCCCAGGGGCUCGUGAACCACAGCCUCUCCCUGAAUCUGCACCCUGAUUCAGACUCCCUGUGUGCAUGACGUGGGGGAAGGGAAGGGAGAGGUGUGGCGGGCUCUCCCCCAGGAAUCCGCCAGCUCUCCAGAGGCACCUGCUCCCCAGCAAACGGGACAAGCCACAUUCUGCACCAUUCAGCUUUAUCGGAGCCAUUGCCCUGUAAUAUGCAGAUGAGUGAAUCAGAGGAGUCUAGGAACAUUUAUGAUCUGAACAAAGGAGAUAGUUGUUUGAUGAGAAUGGGGGAAAAAUAUGUCCUGCACACAACUGAGUCUCUUCUGCUGACCCUAAUUAUGCCCUGGCUCCCAGUAAUGACAGCUCCAGAAGUCUAAAAUCUUAAAUCUCAAAUGGCAUUCAAUCAGAUUAGCCCCGAUCUCGCUGGAGGGCUGGGAAUGGUCAGAGGACCUACUCAGUCGUCUUAUCUUAAGAUUUGGGGUGGGACAAUCGUCCCAAAGCUGUCUAAGCCAUGGCCCCAGAUACUGGACCACUAAAGUUGAUUUUUGAGGGUUCAGACUUCAAAUGCUCCCACUUUGCACCCAGGAAAAGACGAGCCUCCUAAAGUCACUCAGCCUCCUGGCUGGGCCACUGCCAUAUGCAGAGGACAGAAGACUGGGUAUUCCUGUGGGCACAUUAUAACCUAAUCAAGGAGUAAAUGCCCACACACACAUGCGUCCUCACACUACCAAGUCACGUAGAUACCCAGGCUCAUCAUGCCUGAUCACAUUUAUAGUAUCACAGAAUGUCACAGCUGGACUUUAACUGACUGAAAGUCUAACUUUCCUAUUUUAAAGAUGAUGAAGCCGAGGCCAGAAAGGGUCAGGGAUUUGCCUGAAGUCACACGUCUCGUUAGAGACAGAGCCAGGCACCCCUGGGCCUCCGUGCGGAACAUUGUGCAUCACAGAAGGCAGAAAAGCACAAGUCAGAGACCAAGGGGGACAGAGCAAAGAACAUAAAACAAGGAGAACUGAAGAAGAAUCAAGGAAGCCUUCAUGGAGGAGCAGCCUCUUUGCAAGGAUUCCUUCCUCAAGGCCUCCUGGAAUGCCCCUGCCCUCUUGGCCUGAGUAAUCCCCACUGUCCAGUAAGUCAUAGCACAGACACCUCCUCCCCCAGGAGUCUUCCACAACCUUCCACCCAAGACCAGUGAGGGGGCCUCCUUCUGGGGCAUGGGGGCUUGCUGGCCCCCAUCUUCUCUGUGAGACCAUGAGCCACUGUACAAGGGAGAGAGCCUGACACCACAUGGGGGCCAUGAAUGCCUGAAAGAAUAAAUUAAUAAACUUAGUGAUGGCAAAUUCCUGCCUCCUAGGGACAUAUGAGUAUUGCUUUGUCUCUUAAAUAGCAUUCCACAGAAAAGAGGAAGGAGACAAGGAGGGAGAGCAGAAAUGGAAAGAGGAGAAAUGGAAGGAGGAGAAAUGGAAGGAGGAGUAAAUGGAAGGAGAAGUAAAAAGAGGAUAAAAAGAAGGAACAAGAGGAGCAAACCCUCCCCAUCCUGCAUCCAAUCACCCAGCUCCCAGACUUCCCAAAUGACCUUGCCACCAGCCUCUGUCUCCUACCAGGACACCACUGGGGCCCAUGCUGGGUUCACAUCAGUCCUCAACACACCAGUCUUAACGGCUGAAAAUGCCACCUGGUCUCCCCAGCUCACCUUUUAAAACUUUUCAGGUAUCACACAUCCAAAGCUACAUAAACAUUUGAAGGCAUUUCUGAUUUUAGCCACAUACCUUUCUUAGGAAAUGACCUAAACCUACCUCUUCAAGUUAAGGUGGAGGGGGGGAGGGAAGAAUCACCACAUUUAAAGUCUCUGGAAUUUGGUCACUAUUAGCAAACAAACACAAAGCCACCAAUUAAUGGACUAGGAGCUUCUUUCAAUAUGAAUAUUUUCCCAUUUUCAAUUAAAUGAGAUCUCCCUCUAUUCUCAGCUAUCUCCCAUAUCCACCCUCUUCAUCCCUUCAUUAGUGCAUCUAGUCCACCAAUAAUCAUUUAUCUGCUAUCAUCUUGCACUUACUAUAUCUACGGCAUAGCCCCUACCCUCUAGGAACUUACAGCCCAGGAGAAUAAUAAGGUCUUGUACAUAAAUAACUGGAAGUCCUAAUAGCAACAGUAAAUGUCAUAUAAAUAGCACAAACAAUAGAUACCACUGGAGUUCAUAAACAAGUGGAUUCAUUUCUGGUUUAGAAUAACCAGGAAAGGCUCUCAGAAGGUGGUGGACUUGAAGAAUGCUUAGGAUUUCAACAGGCACAGGAUGGGCACACCAGGUAAAAGUGACAGCCCAAACUAAGCUGGAGAGGUAAAGAAAACUAGGGUGUGUUUGCUUUGAAACUUUUCCUUUCAUCCCUGGCUUUUAUUGAGUCCUAAGAAAAUAUUUUCUAGAAGGCAAGGAGACAGGUUAACUUUGUUCCUGCCUGUUCGUGGUCACUGUGGAAACUCUGAGGAACUCCACAUUCAGAAGGCUGUCAUAACCAAGGCUGACAAGGUGAGGAUUGCCUGCCUUCUCCCUCCUCUCACUUCCCCUCCACCUCACUUCAUUACCCAAGAGUGGCAAACGACUCCAACUUCCCUCAAGACCACCAUGCAGGAAAAUCACUCUCCCCAGGAGGCUGAAGGCCUUGGUCUGCUUGGGACCACAGCAUGAGCCAUCUUCCUUUGUGUCUGGAAGUGUGUGACCUUCCAGGCUCCAGGAAGAGGCAUCCAGUGGAAAUGUCUGAAACAGGCCAUCCAAGCCUUGACCCAGACAGACCCCAGGCCUCAGGCAGAAAGUCUUCCCACUGGCAAAGACAAGGUGAGCACAGUAGAUAUUAUCUCUCUCCACAUCCUGAACCAGUUUGGGCAGACAAGGAGCCCCAACCAUGGUUUAACAGACUGAGAUAACAUUUUAUGAACAUUCCCUUCCUGCUGCCUCUGAUGAGAGAGAUUUGAGAAGAGCCCCUCCCUGCUGAGGUCUGGUGAAGACCCAGAGCCCGAAGUGCAGUCUGAUUAACAGGCAUCCCAAGCAGUGACUCAAACCAUCGGCAAUUUUAGAGGAAGCUCGUUAUGGUGACUCCACAAUUAGGACCUCGGCCCACGUGGCCAGUCAGUCCUGUGGGAGGCUGGACCAAGCACUAUAUAAAAGUCCCCACCUCGCUGGGCUCCGCAAUCCACGUCCUUUGCCGAGUGUUGUUGAAGAUCAGGUAAGUGGGAACAUCUGUGCCUGCCCUCCCUGUUGCUCUGUCUUUAGGAGGCCACUGUCCUGUUCCUCCCAGGACUGUACUUUCUACUGAUUUUCAAGUGGUUUUCCAUUUCUUGGGCCUCUGAAACUAUCCUGUGCACUCUACCUAGUCUCUUGCACCUGAUUUUCAAAAGGAUUAGUCAAACAGAUGAGAAGCAGAAGACCUAUGUUAGGACUCGUGUUUGGGGCUAUGGCUAUGCAGACAAAGGCCAUGAGAACGUCCCCACCUAGGAGACAGGUGUCAGAGGGAGCCACGGUAGGGAUGGAAAACAGAAAGGAAUAAAAAGCAGCUGUGAUAUGAGUUCUUAGAUUCUAAUAAUCACUCACUCCUCCUUCCCCUCUCUCAACCCGUCAUCCUCCACUUCCCAGCCUGGCGAUUUUAAUGUAGAUAAUUUCAAAUCUUGUGCUUGUUUCAGAUUCUGCAAAUCAUCCCAGGAUGUCCUUUAGUGAGCAGCAGUGCAAGCAGCCAUGCGUGCCCCCUCCAUGCCUUCAAAAGGCCCAAGAGCAGUGCCAGGCGAAGGCUGAGGAGCUGUGCCUCCCCACGUGCCAGGACCCCUGCCAGGAGAAGGGCCCGGUGCAAGCUCAGGAGGUGUGUCUUCCUCAGUGCCAGGAGCUAAGCCAAGAAAACUGCCCACAGCAAAGCCAAGACCCUUGCCUACCUCAGUGCCAAGACCAAUGUCCGCCUCAGCACGUAGAGCCAUGCCAGGAGCCCUUCCAGACGAAAUGUGUGGAGGCUUGCCCACAGAAGGUCCAGGAGAAGUGCUCACCCCCUGGCAAGGGAAAGUAGCUGCUCGUGUGCCGUCUGGGGUCAAGAAGACGGCCAACAGAUGACACCCCAACCCCAGCCCACGCUCUGGUGACCUUCCUCUGCUGGUAGCUCUGUAUGCAAUGCACCUUCUUGCCUCCUGGCUGUCUCAGUAUUCCAGGACUUGGUCUGUGUCUCUAAAGACAGUUCUCCCUGUUUGUCACCCACCUCUGUGAGGAAGAGUUGUUCUCAGCAGUCUGACGGAAGAUCUUAAAUGUAGGAAUGGUGUGAUUGCCAGGGGAGACAACAGGAGCCCAGCGCAGCUGCCUUGGGACAAAAACUCCCCCAGGCCUGAGUGUGUAACAGCCGAGGAUGCCUUCAUUCACCUUUCAGAGUGUCAGGCUCUCAUUCAAGCCUCAAAACAAACUGAAUUUCUAUGGACUUUCCACCUGUCACCACCACCACCACCGGCAUUGAGAAGAGGUGGUGGUAUUGCAAAAGUCAAAAAUUGGGUCAUUUCGUCUCUGCAUCCUAAAAAGAACAGCAAAUGGUUAGACAUUGAAAUGUUCAUUGUGCCUUUAGAAAAUGAACCAAAAGUAUGUAAAUGAUUGAAUCUAAACGACCAAUAAGAUGAGACGACCAAUAAGACCAAUAAGAUCUAAAUGACCAAAGAUGAGAUGGAUGUUGGGGUCCUUGUUAAUCUUUGUGCUUGAUAGCUGGCCUGCUGCGGGCCCUUAGUUUUCACCGUGUAUGUUCUUUAGAGACGUGACCUGUGUCUGUGCGAUCCAGGCUGGUCUGUUCUCCAGCUUUCUUGCCUUCUUCUCCCUGGUGAAGAUAAAAUACAUAAUAAAGCUGAUCCUAAGG